AUGGGUGACUGGUCUAUCUUGGGCCGUCUUUUAACAGAGGUCCAGAACCAUUCCACUGUGAUUGGAAAGAUCUGGCUGACGAUGCUCCUCAUUUUCCGAAUUCUUUUGGUAACUCUGGUUGGAGAUGCAAUGUAUGGAGAUGAACAGUCAAAAUUUACAUGUAACACUCUGCAGCCGGGAUGCAACAAUGUUUGUUAUGAUAGCUUUGCCCCUGUCUCACACCUUAGGUUCUGGAUCUUUCAGAUCGUCUUAGUGUCAACGCCUUCUAUUUUUUAUAUCAUCUAUGUGUUGCAUAAAAUUGCCAAAGAUGAGAAGACCGAAUUAGAAAGAGCUUAUGUAAUGGAACUUCUUCAAAACUUAUCUAUAGGUGAACAUCUGCAGAAGAGCGAUAUGAACCUGGAUUCUGAGGAAAACAUGGAUUUGAAGGACCAGUCUACAAAAGGUGGUAGAUUUAGGCCCAAGCUCAACAGUGACACUUUUAAAGGUCCUAUUCCACUCUUUGACAAAAUGCAUAUCAUUUACAUUGUCCAUGUGGUGCUUAGGUCUGCUAUGGAGAUGGGGUUCUUGGUGGGGCAAUACUAUAUUUUCGGCUUUGAAGUUCCUCAUCUAUUUCAGUGUGACAACUAUCCAUGUCCAACCACAACUGACUGUUUUGUUUCAAGGGCGACGGAGAAGACGGUGUUCCUCAAUUUUAUGUUCGGAGUUGGCCUGGGAUGUUUUAUAUUGAACAUCGUUGAAUUGCACUACCUGGGUUGGUUCUAUGUUUUUCGGGGUUUGACAGCUGCCUGUUACACAUGUUGUGAAUUCAAAGCAAAGAAGAAGAAGAAGAUGAUGGUGUUGCAUCCUGAGCAAAAUAGUCUACUUAUACACUUAAAGGAUACAAUACAAGAGCGGUUUGUCUUAAAGACAUCAUCAAGCCUGUCACAAGAAAAGAAUAGUUAUCUCCCAACCCAGCCCACUGCAAUUUCCUUUGCAAAUGAUGAUGAUGAUGAUAAUGAUGGUACCAAAAGAAAAAACCCAGAUAUCAAGCACAGUAACUUAGCUAAAAUAUCCAAAAUAAAAAAGUCCUGGCUUUAAAACAUACCUAAAAUAUUUAAUUUAUCACUUAGUGAUUUUCCUGAGAAAUAUUUAACAAAAUUUCUCAUAGGAAAUACUUUCCAAAGGACGAACAUGUCUGUGGCUCCAGCAUAGUUCCCAACAUAUGAAAAAGAAUUCCAGGAACACUUUGCACCAUGUGAUUCAAUUACAACAUCCAUUGCUCCACCCACUCCGUCCAACCCGCAUAAUUAGGAUAAUUUAGCUCUGCCUAGUCAUUAUGGGGCAGAUUAUAUCACCAAGU